AUGUCCACCAUUACCGCAUCUGCCGCUGUCGUCAACGACGCCGUCGAUGCGUCCCUGGUGGAGUAUGUGAACUACAUGGACAUCAAGCUGGAAGGUGUGCACCACCUUCCUGCCGAUUGGCUCUCCGCUGGCUUCCCCGUCCAGACACUCGGUACAGCAGGUGGACCGACGAACGCUGGCUCCAGCCAUGCGCACGGGCACGACAAGGAGGGGUCAGCGGAGGAGACGGAGGUUGCCUACGCGUAUCACCCGUUCCGCUACGAGGUUACCCUUGCAUUGCCUGCUGCGAAAGCGAAGGAGACAGCGGCCACGGACAGCGAUGCGACCGGCACAGCUACUGGAGAGGCUGUCAGUGAACAACCAUCACCGUCCGCCAGCGAAGGCGCAGGGGUGGGCAUUUCCGUCGUCUCCUUCACGCGCGGUCGGCUGCUGCUGCCUUUGCCGCAGUAUACGGAGUACAUCGCGGCAGCGGAGCCACCGCCGGCCCCGGGCGUAGACGACGCCAGCCCGCUGCGAGACGUACCCGUCGCUAUCAGCGCAGAGAACCUGAUAAGUGGUGCCGGCGCGUCCGGCAACGAGAGGGAGACCUCCGAGGUAGACAAGGCAUCUGGCAAGGUGACCACCACUGCUGCCGCCGCCACUGCACCUCCUGCCGCCACGCCAGCGAUUUUGUGGGUCAUGACGGAGCGGACGGACGCGCCUGGUGCCAGUGCUGGCGCGAAUUGUGCCGAUGACGUGGGGAUAGUGGCGACAAAGCGCCGCGCAAAGUUGACCACGUCCCUCGCCGUUGCCACCACAGGCUCUGCUGCUGCUACUGCGGCGGCCAGCAGUACUGUGGCUGCCGCAGCCGCUGCAGCUGCUGCCGUUCCUGGGGCGCCUGCGCCGCCACUGCCGGAGUCCAGCGAGCCAGCCCCAUGCGUCGUGCGUGUCCCUCUGACAGCCGUGCAGGAGGCGUACCUCGACGGCUUACUAGAGGCUGGCGAGCCGCUGAAGCUGAGUUUCCGCCGCGUCCUGCGUCCUAGCUGCCCGGCUGAGUGGGAGGACUUCAACGCCGACUACUUUGCGGCUGAGAUCCCCAUCUCUCUGCAGGCCUUGAGGGAGCCGGGGUCGACCCACCUCGCCGCUGACGUGGCCCUGCAGCCAGCGAGCGCGCCAGAAAAGCGCACCGUCCCUGGGUCGGUGCCAUUGGAGCACAACGACCAUGGCGAGCGCGGAAAGAAGCGCAGCGUCACCCGCAAGCAGCGCCAGAUGGUGCCUAGCAUCCUCAUCGACGUACCCGACCGUGACGCCCCGCACCCGUACGUGACGGCCGGCACCAUGGCCACCGUCUCCCUCACGCUGCAGCGCACUCUCACUCGUCUCGUCAGUGACCGUGUGCGGCCUGCCGUCACACCUGCCCAGCUGAUUCCGCCGCGACCCACGCCAACGGUGCUCGCUGCGGCCGCCUCCGACGUACAAACGUGCCUCGAGCAAACACUACUGGGUAUUGUGCGGCGGCUGGUACGUGAUAUGCUCGAGACAGCUCAGAACAAGUCGUGCGGAUCGUCCGAGUCUGACAAGGUGGCCUGGCAUACAAACCUCGUGUCGGCUCUGCAGAGCACUGGUGAGCUGGCUGCCUUCAAGAGUCAGCUGACUCCGCUGGUGGCGGCUCUGGUCCAGGAGCGUCUGCGGAGAGAUCCUACCGCUGGCGGGUCGCCGCAGGAGGUGGCACGGGCGAGCAACGAGCUUUACGUUCGACUCACGGACAUGCUGCACAGCGCUCUGCACGAGUGCGUCGGCGAAGGCGACGCGGUAUCGAGCGGUGGCGUGCUGAAUAGCGGCGAGGAACAGGAGGUGAGGUGGCGCGCGAUUGAGGCGGAGGUGAGUGGGGACUUUGAGCUGGCUGCGAAGCUCUACCAGAGUCGUCUAGCCACGCACGUCGCUGGCGACAACUGGCCGGCGCUCUGGAUAGACUGUGCCGUCUUCUACCAGCGCACUGAGGAGUUGGCCAAGGCGGAGCAGUGCUACCGCGAGGCGAUUGCAUGCGACCCGGGUUGCACGCCGGCGCUGCUCGACUACGGAGCGUGGUUGCUUGCCCACGACCGGCUGGAGGAGGCGGCCGUGUUCCUGCACGGCCUCGUCGACUUUGCACCGCAGCACAAGCUGGGAUGGGGCUGCAUUGCGCUGCUGGCGGACUUGCACGAGUUGGCGGUCCGCGUCGGCAGCCCCGACGCGGCGGUGGAGCAGAAGAAGUGGCGCAGGGAGCAGCGUCUGGCGCUGCGCAAGGCGGUGGAGUGCGGUGCUCUGAGCACGAGCCACGCCACUGGCGAAGCCGAAAGAGGAGGUCUUGCUGAGAAUAGCGGCCCUGCCAACGCCUCUUUCCCUACUCCUCCUCCCGCGCCACCGCAGCAGGGAGACGAGGAGGAGCAAAUGUACUUUGAGGUGGCGACAUACCUCGUGAAUCUGCAUCACCGUGACUUGGCGAAUGUCUGCCUGGCACGGUGCCGACCUGGGGAGCCGCGAGUGGAGCUGCUGUACGCGCGCCUGUUCGCGCAGGGUGAGCAAUACGAGGAGGCACUCAAUACGCUGGACGAGAUAAGGACGCUGUCUGUUGCGCACCCGUCUGCCUCUGCGGCAGAGCAGCGCCUCGUAGACGAGUGUGCGCUGCUGCGUGCCGAGUGCGCCGCUGCGCUGGGGCGUCCGUCGGAGGCUGUGAGGAUGUACAAGCAGGCUCUGUGCCGCGGCGAACCGGCCACGGCGCCGCCGUACCUUGCGGCCCUGGUGGCACACUGGCAGGCGCAUCGCCAGGAGGUGCAGUCAGCCCGCACAGUUGACCAGAGUAGCGUGGCAAGCUCAGCUCAGGCACUGCUGGACCAACGCAUCACAGAGGCUGAAGGCAUGCACUACUUGUCCGCCUACCUGCGCCUGUGUAACUUGCUCCUGGCAGAGGGCCGCUACCGGGACGCGCUGGGCGUCGUGACGCUCGCACUGCAGGUGUGGCCGAGCAGCUCGGUGUUGUGGCUCGGUGCCGGUGUUGCCUACUACCGCGCUGGCGACCUACUGCCAGCGGAGGAGUGCCUGCAAGAGAGCAACACGCUGAAUCCGGCCAACCCGCGCACGUGGGCCUACCUCGCCCUGCUGGCAGUGCGGCUGCAGAACGUUGGGGUGGAGGAGGUGAUGCAGCAACUGCUGACCCUAAACCUGGAGGAUGCCCCGCUAUGGGCUGAGCUCGGCCGCACCCUGCUGGGCACUGCGCAGUUUCCGCGACUGAGCGUGCUGUGCCUGCGCCGUGCUGCCGCGCUAGUAGAUGGCAAGGGUGACGCUGCUAAUACUGUGUGGUCGUCGACGCAGUAUCACCUCGCACACGCGCUGAUGGACCUGCAGCAGUGGGAGGAGGCGGAGCAGCUCCUGCGCAACGUUGCUUCGCAGAGCGGCAGCAACGAGGUGCUGCGUGGUAAGGCGGAAGAGGAGCUGGCGAUGCUCCGCGCCGGUCAGUAG